UAUGAGUUCUACAAUAGGGAAGGGCAUGGUAACAUGGACUGGAGUUUGACAGCUGUCCGGGUGGCUGGUCUCAGAUGAUCCCGCAGGUGAAGAAGCCGGAUGUGGAGUUCCUGGGCUGGCGUGGUUACACGUGGUUGUGAGCCGGUUGGAUGUGCAGCCAAAUUCUUUUAAAUGAGGGUGACAUACUGUAGAGAGGUCUGUAGCAAUGGAGGAUUUCUGGGUGGUGGUCCUGGCAGGGCUGAAGGUGUGGGUCUACCUCAUUGUGGCUCUUCUCAUGGUGCCUGCCAUGUUUGGCUUCUCCCUGGGCAUCUCUGAGACAUACAUGAAGAUCCUGGUCAAAACCCUUGAGUGGGCCACGUUGAGGAUCCAGACAGUCAACAAAGAGCAGCAUAUAAUCGAAUCCUCUGCAUCCAACGGCCUCAUCCAGAGGGAUGAUGGUUCUAUGGAGGAGGCGCUUGGAGAGUUGAGACGCAGUCGCCCUAAACCACCAGUGGGAGGGGACUUCACACUCAGCGACUGUUUCUACUUCUACAGACGAGGCAUCGAAGACAUCGUAGAGGAUGAGGUGACCCAGCGGUUUUCAUCAGAGGAGCUGGUGUCGUGGAACCUGCUAACUCGCACUAACAUCGACUUCCAGUACAUCAGCCUCAAACUGACUAUGGUCUGGGGGCUGGGCGUGUUCAUACGCUACUGCAUCUUGGCUCCACUCAGGAUCACGCUGGCAUCUAUAGGCCUGACCUGGCUGGUGAUAGGAACCACUGCUGUAGGAUUCCUCCCGAACUGGAGGCUGAAGUCCUGGCUGAGCGAUUGGGUCCAUGUGAUGUGCUACAGGAUCUGUGCCCGAGGCCUCUCCUGCACCAUCCACUACUAUAACAAAGAAAACAGACCCAGAAAAGGAGGAAUCUGUGUGGCCAAUCACACCUCCCCGAUUGAUAUCGUAAUUCUUUGCAACGAUGGGUGUUACGCCAUGGUGGGCCAGUCACAUGGUGGUCUGAUGGGAGUGCUGCAGAGGGCCAUGGCCAGGUCCUGUCCUCACAUCUGGUUUGAGAGAGCUGAUAUGAAAGAUCGCCACCUGGUGGCCAAGAGGUUGACGGAUCACGUGAAUGACAACACAAAGCUUCCUAUAUUGAUCUUUCCAGAAGGGACCUGUAUCAACAACACGUCUGUCAUGAUGUUCAAAAAGGGAAGUUUUGAGAUUGGAGGAACAAUAUACCCAGUAGCCAUAAAGUAUGACCCUCAGUUUGGGGAUGCGUUCUGGAACAGUGCCAAGUACAACAUGGUGAGCUACCUGCUGAGGAUGAUGACCAGCUGGGCUAUAGUCUGCAACGUCUGGUACCUGCCAGCCAUGACCCAACAGGCAGGGGAGGAUGCUGUCCAGUUUGCCAACAGAGUCAAGUCUGCCAUCGCACAUCGGGGGGGGCUAGUGGACUUGUCCUGGGAUGGGGGCCUGAAGAGAGCCAAGGUGAAGGAUAUGUUUAAAGAGGAGCAGCAGAAGAUGUACAGCAGCAUGGUGGUUGGGAGUGAGGAGGACAACAGCAGUCACAGCGACUGACACCCUCCACUACCACAUCCCUGCCUGAUGACUGACGAAUACCGAUGACCACGGACUAGACUGCCAUCGUGUGGAUGGACCAUUCAGGGAUGUAACAUUGACAGUGUCUUGCAGACUGUAUGAUAACUGAUAAGCCAAUUUGCAUGACAUUGGAAAGACUGUGUCAACACUAGAACUGUAAAGGAGAUGGGGUGGCAGGUCUGAUUAGAAUAGCUCUUUAUUGUGCUGCUGUAAAAAAUGGUUCUGCUAGGAAAUGACUAUGAAAUCCUGUUUGGCAUUCGAAUGAAUUAAUAACCUUGUGACCGUAUAACUUUUUGUUGUUGUUUAAUCCCAGAGUUCUGAAUGUCAGCGUUUUGUUAUGCAUAUACGAUGACUGUUUAUUUUGUGUGUGAAUGUUUUUUUUUUUUCCCUGUAUGUUGAGCCCAGGAGAUCAAUCAAUGCUGCUAAUUGUUUGAAAAUAAACAUUAGUCUUCAGCUGUUCCCUAUUUUAGGGAUGUGUUUAUUAACAAGCUCAGCUACUAGAACAAGGUAGUCAGAAUCAGUAAAACUGAUUGAAUUGAUGAUUUUAAAUGUUUUAUAAACAGUGUUGUGACUAGUUUUGCAUGGUAUGCCGGUACCACGAUUUGAUAUCACGGCAGUGGCGAUUUUUGCAUGUAAAUCUUGGUGGGGCAAAAAAUAUGAACAACGGAAUGCAAAGCCACUGCAUGAAACAAUACAUUAAUUGCACUCAAACGGUGCCCACAAACUGUUAGGACCUACAUAAAGCUGUCCCGACAUCUUACCACUCCCUACAAUUGGCUAUCAGUGGAGCCUUUUCUGGAAGUGAAACAGUUCAUUCAGCCUCUUUUACUACCUUUUAAGAACAUGGCUGACUUGCUUAAACAAAUGUGGUUUCUAAUGACAAUUGAGAUGUACAAACUGGCAUAAGGGAAUGCCAAGCGGAUAGGAGGCAAUCCGUAAUUUCAAUAAAGACAAUGAACAAG